AUGGUGGCUAUGGGAGGAGCCGACUCAGGGCGAUAAUUUAGCGCAGGGGCUAAACUCGCCCUGCUAUCGCUCGAUUCGGUGGAUAAAAAUAGCGGAAGUCGCCUGCUUGCCGUUACUGACAACGGUUACAUUUCAUCACCUCGUCGAAGAGAGGGAGGCCAGCCCAGGAUGAACGGCGACUCAGGUGCCGCCGUGGUGACGGCCCACCCUCCCGCCACCGCCCCUCACAAGGAGCGCUACUUUGACCGUGUAGACGAGAGCAGCCCCGAGUACCAGCGCGAGAGGAACAUGGCGCCCGACCUGCGGCAGGAUUUCAACAUGAUGGAACAGAAGAAAAGGGUCUCCAUGAUACUGCAGAGCCCGGCGUUCUGCGAUGAGCUGGAGACAAUGAUCCAGGAUCAGCUGAAAAAGGGCAAAACGCCCACAAGCCUGUUGGCCCUGCAGCAGAUUGCUGACUUCAUGACUACCAGCAUGCCUUCCAUGUAUCCCGCUGCACCACAGGGAGGAAUGGCGGCGCUCAACAUGAGUUUGGGGAUGGUGACUCCGGUGAAUGAUUUGCGUGGUUCUGACUCCAUUUCGUAUGACAAAGGUGAGAAGAUUCUUCGCUGCAAACUGGCGGCGUUCUACCGACUCACCGAUUUAUUUGGCUGGUCGCAGCUCAUCUACAACCAUCUCACAGUUAGGGUGAACUCAGACCAGGACAGCUUCCUUAUUGUGCCUUUUGGGCUCCUGUACAGUGAAGUCACCGCUUCCAGCCUGGUGAAGAUAGACCAUCAAGGUGAGAUUGUGGACCGGGGAAGCACCAACCUUGGUGUUAACCAGGCCGGCUUCAACCUCCACUCUGCCAUCUAUGCCUCACGGCCUGACGUCAAGUGCAUUGUCCAUAUACACACGUCUGCAGGGGCAGCCGUGUCGGCCAUGAAAUGUGGCCUGUUGCCCAUCUCCCCCGAGGCGUUGUCUGUUGGCGAGGUGGCCUACCAUGACUACCAAGGCAUACUGGUGGAUGACGAAGAAAACGCACUUAUCCAGAAAAACAUAGGUCCAAAAAGCAAGGUGCUCAUCUUGAGGAACCACGGCUUGGUAUCAGUGGGUGAAACAGUCGAGGAAGCCUACUAUUACAUCCACAACCUGGUCACUGCCUGUGAGAUUCAGGUGCGAACACUGGCCAGCGCUGGAGGACCAGAUAAUUUGAUCAUGCUCGACCCGGGGAAGUACAAGUCUCGUUCACGCAUUCCUGAGCCUCCCGGCGAAGGCUACCCUGCGCAGCCCAAGUGGCAAGUCGGGGAGCAAGAGUUUGAGGCUCUAAUGAGAAUGCUCGACAACCUGGGCUACAGGACCGGCUAUCCUUACCGCUGUCCAGCACUGCGGGACAAAGGUAAAAAGUACAGUGACAUGGAGAACGCUCACUCCACCCACGCUGGUUAUACUUACGGGGAGGACAGCGACUCGGGCGCGCGCUCCCCACUGAAACACAGCUUCCAGCGCGGCCAGCCCGACAAGACCCGCUGGCUCAAUGCCGGCGCCCGACCCGACGAUCCCUACGAAGACGGGCCCGACGGUGGCAGCCCCAAGUCGAAGCCUAAGGUGUGGACGAACAUAACACACGAUCACGUCAAACCCUUGCUGCAGUCUCUCUCGUCCGGUGUCUGCGUGCCAAGCUGUAUAACCAACUGCUUGUGGACUAAAGAAGACGGAAUGCGACAGGCCGCUGUCGCCAAUCAGUUCAUCCCGAUGAACACCAAUCCAAAAGAAGUGCUGGAGAUGAGGAAUAAGAUCCGUGAGCAGAAUUUGCAGGACAUUAAGACUGCAGGACCUCAGUCUCAGGUUCUGUGUGUUGGAUCGGUGGUGGAGCGCAACUUUAACCAGGACGUCCCUCUGUCUGACUGUACAGACACUAUUGACGGCCUCGAUGCCCCAGAGGGGUCCUAUAGUCCUGCUAGAUCAAUUAGAAAGGGGGAGCUAGUGACCGCAUCUAAGGCCAUUAUUGAAAAGGAGUACCAACCCAAGGUGAUCGUCAGCAAGCAGGGGCCCAACCCUUUCAACAAGUUCACCGACCAGGAGCUGGAUGAGUAUCGCAGGGAAGUGGAGCUGAAACAGAAAGGGACUGAAGUGCAGGAGCAAUGCGACUCUGCCACGCUCUGUUCUGAAAUGGAAAAGUUACCGAAGGUUCAAGCCCCCGAUCCCACUCCUCAGCCCUCUGCAACCGACGGCGGCCCCGAGCAGGGCCCCUCGACCCUGGGCCCUGCAGAUGAGGUCUUCCCCGACUCCCCUCAUAAGGAGUUCCACUGCGCCGUGCUGCGAGCUCUCAGCAAGGAGCCACUAGAAGCAGAUCAGGCUCCAGAUCAAGAGCAGCUAGCAGAACCCGAGGAGGAGGAGGCCAAAGACCCAAAGGCUACCUGUACACCCCCCAGCACCCCAGUUAGAGCAGAGGAAGAGACCUUGCCAGAGCCCACCUUUAAGGAUGAGAGCGACGCUGCCACCCUGAGACAGACCCUGCCAGAUUUAACCCCCGAUGACCCUUCCGACGCCCCGGCACUUCCCGUCGAAGACUCCGCCCCUGUCACAGUCCCCCACACCCCCACAGCUGCUGAGCCCGCCCCUGCUGCAGAAGCCGCCGCGGACGGUGAGGACCACGCAGGCGACCAGGAGGGAGACGAGUCUCCCAGCAAAUCGCCUUCCAAAAAGAAAAAGAAGUUCCGCACUCCUUCCUUCCUAAAGAAGAACAAAAAGAAGUCUGAGUCCUAAAUAAGCUUCACAUUUCUUUUUCGUCCUUUUUGGUUUUGUUGGAUUAAUCGCAGCACCGCUUAUUUUAACAUCGCUUGCUUUUUAACCAUUUUUUCUUUCAUUAGCGCGUGCCAAUUUUGUAUACAGUGUAAAAAUAAUCCAGUUUUCCCUCAUUAGCUGUGAGCGAGUGAUGCCUCCUGUCUUGUCCACUCUGCUGGCCUUCAAUGCAUGUCUAGUAAGAGUUAGUUUUUAAGGACUUAAUUCAAGCGUCGUAACCAUUAGAAUGUAUUGGGAUUGUAAAACGAAGUGUCUUUUGAAAAGCAAAAACAAAAACAUAACCUUGGCUGCAGAAAGGAACAACGCAUACGCGCUUAUGUAACUUUCAGUUUUUAAAUAAGAACGAUAAAAGGGUCGGCACAGGUUUUAGCGCAUUAUGCAAUGCUUUAACGAUAGAAGCUACAGUAAAUGGAAUGCAUUUAUUCUCAUGCACAGAGUGAGACAUCCCAGGAAGCGUCCACAAGCAUCCAAUGGUUGCUUUAAUAUGAAGGAAUGUGUACAAAGAAUAGCUUCUUUUUUUUCCCACUUGUCGGAGUUCAACUUUUUUUCAAUUUUUAUUUCUCUACUGAAAGAAACGGGGAAGAACAUGCUUUAUUUAGUGUGAUGUAUUUUAUUUUGUCACAUCGUAGACGAGCCAUAACUGCUUGCUGUGAGAGAGCACUGUGAACCGCCACUGUUUUACUUUAACCACUUUCCACAAGUGUUUUAUGUAUUUGUUUUUAGCUUGUGUAUAGACCCAAAACACUUUCACUGUUACAACUCAGCCUGUUUUUUUUAUUUUUUAUCAAACUGGAUCUCUUUAACUCUUUUAUUACAGCACAUACUUUUGUCAUUAUUGUAACAUGUAGAGAGAUGUGCUUUUAGGUUGCAGGGCAUUAAUACAAAGACCUAAUAUUAUAUGCUAAUUCUUUGUUCUGCCUGAAUCACUUCCAACUAAAUGUCUCAUGUUAUCAUCGACUGACGUACUACUUUCACAUGUUUUUUUUCUUCUUUUUUUUUACAACCAUAAAUAAAUAUGCUAUGUCCAAAA